AGUUCUUGGCCGGCGAGGGCUCCUUUUCCCGGGGCGCCCCUCUUGCUCCCGAGUAGACGCAGGCACGCCGAGCCCUGGUACAGGCGGGUUAUAUUUAGCCUAUUGUGUCCAAGGGAAAUUGCGGGGCUCAGGGCAGCCUGAGCCGGGACUGGCGACUCAUUGGCGGAGAUUGAUGAGCCAGGUGCCUCGCUCGGCCUCUCGCACGGCUGGCUGAGGAAGGAGCCUCUGCUCUCUUGGGCGCAGGAGGACGCUGUAGGCAGCAGCGCCCCCAAAGCGGGGGGAGGGGGGACAGAGGGAAAGGGAAAGGCAGGCAGAGGAAGGAAGGGAGGGCGCAGAGAAGCGCAGCCAGCCAGGCAGGCAGACACCCACCCACUCGCCCACCGCAGCAGCAGCCGCCACCGCCCGGGCGAACAAGGCAAACAUGGUCGCGGCGCACACGUCCCAUUCUUCCUCCUCCAGCGAGUGGAUCGCCUGCUUGGAUAAAAGGCCUUUGGAGCGUUCCAGCGAAGAUGUUGACAUCAUAUUCACCAGGCUAAAAGAAGUGAAAGCUUUUGAGAAAUUUCAUCCAAACCUCCUUCAGCAAAUAUGUCUCUGUGGCUAUUACGAGAACCUGGAAAAGGGAAUUACAUUAUUCCGUCAAGGUGAUAUUGGAACAAAUUGGUAUGCUGUGCUGGCAGGAUCUUUGGAUGUGAAAGUUUCUGAUACAAGCAACCACCAGGAUGCCGUGACCAUAUGCACCUUAGGAAUAGGGACUGCUUUUGGAGAAUCAAUCUUGGAUAACACCCCUCGCCAUGCAACCAUUGUUACAAGGGAGAAUAGCGAACUGCUUCGAAUUGAGCAAAAAGAUUUCAAGGCGCUUUGGGAGAAAUAUCGUCAGUAUAUGUCAGGACUUCUGGCUCCUCCUUAUGGUGUUAUGGAAACGGGCUCCAACAAUGACAGGAUGCCUGACAAGGAUAAUAUGUCUAGUAGCAGUUUGUGUUCAAUCUCAAAACACUGCAACAAGACUCCUUUCAUUGAGCAUCACAUCCCAUUUCGACCAACUAGAAUCAUUACAGAGGUUCCAUCAGAGAAAAUCCUGAGAGCUGGAAAGGUAUUACGGAACGCAAUCCUCUCCCGAGCGCCUCACAUGAUAAGAGACCGCAAAUAUCAUUUAAAGACAUACAGACAAUGCUGUGUGGGAACAGAGCUGGUAGACUGGAUGAUGCAGCAGAGUUCGUGCGUUCAUUUACGGACACAGGCAGUUGGCAUGUGGCAAGUGUUAUUGGAAGAAGGCGUUCUCAACCAUGUGGAUCAAGAACAACACUUCCAAGAUAAAUACUUAUUUUAUCGAUUUUUGGAUGAUGAACAUGACGACGCCUCUAUGCCAACUGAAGAGGAGAAGAAAGAAUGUGAUGAAGAGCUGCAAGACACCAUGCUUCUGCUCUCUCAGAUUGGACCAGAUGCCCACAUGAGGAUGAUCCUUAGAAAACCGCCAGGCCAGAGAACUGUUGAUGACCUAGAAAUUAUAUAUGAAGAACUUCUUCACAUUAAGGCUUUAUCUCAUCUUUCCACCACAGUAAAGCGGGAACUCUCAGGUGUUCUAGUAUUUGAAUCACAUCCUAAAGCAGGAACUGUCUUAUUUAAUCAAGGAGAAGAAGGAACUUCUUGGUACAUUAUUCUCAAGGGAUCAGUAAAUGUGGUAAUUUAUGGCAAGGGUGUGGUAUGUACCCUCCAUGAAGGCGAUGAUUUUGGCAAGUUAGCAUUAGUAAAUGAUGCCCCAAGAGCAGCUUCCAUUGUUCUUCGAGAAGAUAACUGCCACUUCUUGAGAGUAGACAAGGAAGAUUUUAACAGAAUUCUCAGGGACGUUGAGGCGAACACUGUAAGACUGAAGGAGCACGACCAAGAUGUCUUGGUCCUAGAGAAGGUCUCACCUGGAAACAGGGCUUCAAAUCAGGGCAGCUCACAGCCUCUUCAACUCAAGUAUACUGUGAUGUCAGGAACUCCAGAGAAAAUUUUAGAACAUUUCCUAGAAACGUUGCGUCUUGAAUCAAGUGAAGGAACAGAUCCUGGCUUUCAUGAUUUUGUUAUGAUGCACUGUGUGUUCAUGCCAAAUAAUCAGCUUUGUCCAGCGUUGAUGGCUCAUUACCAUGCUCAGCCUUCCCAAGGCACUGAGCAAGAAAAAAUAGAUUAUGCACUAAACAAUAAACGACGAGUCAUCCGCCUCGUUCUGCAAUGGGCAGCUUUGUACGGAGAUCUCCUGCAAGAAGACGAAGCUGCCAUGGCCUUCCUGGAGGAGUUUUAUGUAUCUGUAUCAGAUGAUACGAGGAUGACUACAGCACUCAAAGAGCAACUCCCAGAGAUAGAAAAAACUAUGAAACAACUAUCAGAAGAAGCUAAAGCACCUCAGAAAAAGCACAAAGUUCUUCUGCAGCACUUUAACACAAGUGAUGAAAGGACUCAAAAACGGCAGCCUAUCAGGGGAAGUGAUGAAAUUUUGUUUAAGGUAUACUGCAUAGAUCACACCUAUACCACUAUCCGAAUUCCCGUGGCGUCUUCCGUUAAAGAAGUCAUCAGUGCAGUGGGUGACAAACUGGGCUCUGGAGAUGGCUUGAUAUUAGUAAAGAUGAGCUCUGGAGGAGAAAAAGUGGUGUUCAAACCUAAUGAUGUUUCAGUGUUUACAACUCUCAGCGUUAAUGGACGUCUCUUUGCAUGCCCCCGAGACCAGUUUGACUCACUGACACCACUACAGGAACAGGAAGGUCCCUCAGCAGGAACUAUGGGAACGUUUGAGCUCAUGAGCUCCAAAGACUUAGCGUACCAGAUGACAGUGUAUGAGUGGGAGCUCUUCAACUGUGUGCAUGAGUUGGAACUAAUCUACCACACAUUUGGAAGGCACAAUUUUAAAAAGGCGACGGCAAAUUUGGACCUAUUUCUACGACGGUUUAAUGAAAUCCAGUUCUGGGUAGUCACCGAGAUUUGUUUCUGUUCCCAGCUGAGCAAACGUGUUCAACUCCUGAAGAAGUUUAUUAAGAUAGCUGCCCACUGCAAGGAAUACAAAAACUUGAAUUCUUUUUUUGCUAUAAUCAUGGGGCUGAGCAACGUUGCCGUGAGCCGCCUCGCCCUGACAUGGGAGAAACUCCCAAGUAAAUUCAAGAAGAUCUAUGCCGAGUUUGAAAGCUUAAUGGAUCCUUCAAGAAACCAUCGGUCCUACAGACUUACCGUGGCUAAGCUGGAGCCUCCCGUCAUUCCAUUUAUGCCUUUGCUUAUAAAAGACAUGACAUUUACUCAUGACGGGAACAAGACAUUCAUCGACAGUCUAGUAAACUUUGAAAAAAUGCGCAUGAUUUCCAACACUAUCAAAACAGUGAAAUUCUGCCGGAGCCAGCCUUUCAGCCCUGAUGCAUCUCUGGCAAACAAGAACCAUCAGGAUGUCCGAAGUUACGUACGGCAAUUAAGUGUGAUUGACAACCAGAGGACUUUAUCGCAGAUGUCGCAUCGCCUAGAGCCACGCCAUGCUUAAACAUUUCCAGUGACAGCCCCUCCCCUUUUCUCCACUCCAAGGUCAUUUGUUAAGAAUGCCCACCUUUUGUUGCUACUGCAUUGCCAUUCCUAAUGUAAGCAACACAGAUUCCUAAUGCCCUAGGUAACUGACGCACAAUGUACCUGCCGUUGGAGAAACAACAGAGGAGAUGAAUGAGGUCACUGGGCACCAUAACUGUGAGGAUCCUCACGUUUGUAUGCACUUGGUCAAUUUUGAAACAUACUAAAAAGUCUUGUACAUAACAGAAAUCUUUAAAGAGGUGGAGGGUAGGGUGGGUAGAAGACAACUCUGGAAAGAAACAAUACAAUUGUUGGUAAACUAAAACUUCUGCCAUUUCCGAGGAAUGUAUUAAGAGGGGUUCUCUAAACUAACAAAAGAAAUUGCAGUAUUUUCUCCUCCAUUAUAAAAUUCAGGGCCAUAUUUUGCCAUCGUUUUGCAUGUUUAGUCCCCAUGAGCACCAAUGAAAAAAAAAGGCAUAAAGUAGGUAUUGUAACAUAUUGCCACGGCUUUAGUAUUCAGGGAAUCGUUAACAGCCUUUCCCUGCAACGGAAGUAUAUUUUUAAAGUCAUCUCUAAAGUGCAUUUGCCUUAUUACAGUAAAGCAUCAAGACCAUUUAAAGAAACCCUAAGAUUUAUGAGGGUUUCUUCUACUUAGGUGCCUAUGGUUUACAUUUCACUUCUUUUAGGGUUUUUUUAAAAAACUGCCAAUCAGUACUAUAUAAAAUAACAGUACAAAAAUGAAAGGUUUUCAGAAAACAGCAUCAGAAAAAAGAAGAAAAAAGAAGAAGAAACCUACACAAACACUUGUCAACGAGAGCACAAUCUGCACAAAUAAUUUCAGGGUAAUAUUUUUCUGGACAAUGGAACUUUCAAUACCAACGAUUUCUUGUAACUCCUGACUAGGUCUAAUUUUGGAAAACGUUUUGCACUUUGACGUAGGCGGCCUACAGAAACGUUAAUGUUCAUCCUGUGUUAUAGAGUUGUUUUAUGUAUUCGUUGUCGUGCCAUGAUUAAUUUUUAUCUAUUUUUUAAUUUGGCAUGUAAUUGAAGUACUAUUUGGUGUACAUUUCGCUGAUAGGAGAAAAGUGUGUUAUAUGUUUUAUGUAAAUAAAAUGCACUAUUAAAUGUUACAGCCAAGGGAAGUGUGUUCACCAUCCUUUAUUAAAAAUGAGAGCCAUCUGUUAUUUUGUA